AUGUUAAGACUCGCUGCCAGCUCAUCUUUGAAAUUCUCUAGAUCCUUCUCAAUGACUGUUCCUGCCUCUAGUUCACCAAGACACUUGGUCUCCAUGCUGGAGCUGUCGAACACCGAACUUAAGUCACUGGUUGAUAGAGCACUUCAUUUCAAGACCCAGAUCAAGUCCGGGGAAAAAGCUCCAAAAGAAGUGAGCGAAGCUCUUUUGGGUAAAUUGGUUGCCCUGAUCUUUUCUAAGAGGUCAACCAGAACCAGAAUCUCCACGGAGGGAGCGGCCGUCUAUUUCGGAGGCCACCCAAUGUUUCUUGGAAAGGACGACAUUCAAUUAGGCGUCAACGAGUCUUUCUAUGACACGACCAGAGUUGUGUCUUCCAUGACAUCCUGUAUUUUUGCACGUGUGAAUAGUCACUCCGAGAUCCAGGAACUGUGCAAGCACUCUUCAGUUCCUAUAAUAAAUGCCCUUUGUGACAAGUUCCAUCCGUUACAAGCUAUUGCAGAUCUUGUCACGAUCAAGGAAACCUACGGGGAUCUUAAAGGCUUGAAGCUAGCCUGGAUAGGUGAUUCCAACAACGUGAUCAACGACCUGGCCGUGGCUGCUCUUAGGUUUGGAAUUAACGUUUCUGUGGCUACUCCUACAGGCGCUGAUUUUGACACCUCAAUUGCCGAGCAGGCCUCCAAAAUCGGCCAAGAGAAUGGGGCAGCCUUCACAUUGACUCACAAUCCUCUUGAGGCUGCACAUGAGGCUGAUAUUCUCGUCACCGAUACUUUUGUAUCCAUGGGUCAGGAAGCAGAGGCCCUCCAGAAACUUCAGCAAUUUGCUGGGUUCCAGAUUACCAACGAGCUGGCCAAAAAGGCAGGUGCCAAGCCUGACUGGAAGUUCAUGCAUUGUUUGCCUCGUCAUCACGAGGAGGUUGACGACGAGGUGUUUUAUUCGGACAGAUCUAUCGUGUUCCAGGAAGCAGAGAAUAGGUUGUAUGCUGCUCUUGCAGCCAUCGAGGGUUUUGUGAUUAACAAGGGAAAACUUGAGUGA